AUGGCGAAAAUGCAGGAACACAACAACAUCAUUUCCUCCAAACUGGACGACACCCAGAAACAGCUUCACGAGCAGCAAUCACACUCGGCCCAACUGCAGGAUGGUUUGGAACAGACCCUGCAGCUUCGCCAUGAGCAAUCACUCAAAAGCGUACCGAAGCCUAGCGAACAGGAGAGAGGAAAACAACCAGCCAUGGGCGGGCCAUCAGUCUCCCGAAGGCUGUUUGUGCCCUCUCCAGAGGAACGCCACCGAGAAUAUCAAGUUUACUCCGACUGUCGUGACAGACUCAACUAUCUAGAGUACGGAACGGCGGACUUCCAGAUUCCGGUCCAAGUGAAACUCAAUUAUCAACACCUGGACGAUUCGCCUACAGUACGACGCGAUCGGUCUAGAAGAAACAGACGAAUCUGA